CUGGCUGGACUACAGUUUAUCAUUCCCUAUCGCACUUCACUUCGGUGUCUCAUUAUUCUUACAGUUUUAUCCUUAUCAGUUUUUCAUCCAGCGUGAAAAAGAACACUCGUCAUCGCCUUCGUCGGUAUCAGAAAUUUCCGAAUCAGUUUUUCUCGCCCUAUGCUUAUCUAAACUAAAUUGGAUUGUUUUUUUUUUCCAGUGCGGGUCGGCAUCCUCUCCUUUUACACUUCUCCGACCGGUGAAGGGAGACUGUAAUAAUUAGAAGUACAACAAUCUAGAGCCCGGAGAAGGAAAAGUCCCGAACACGAUGAUAACUGAUAAGAAUUCGUCGUCGCCACACGAAGAAGAAGCUCCACCAGCGCAAGCAAGUAGCCGAAAAGUUAAGCACACUUCGCUCAGCGUGCACCAUCAGUCUUAAGACGUUCUCGGCCGGUUGCGGACGUGGUCCCAUAGUGUUCUUUCAAUCUCAUCCUAACGUUUGUUGUGGUUGAUUACUGUUCAGCGAGCGAAAGGAUAUCUUCUGUGUAGCUCAAAAAAAAACUAGUGACAAGGAAAAUGGAUGAGUUUGCUCUGUGUUGGAACAACUUCGCCGAUAAUAUUGCUAGCGGCUUUCAGAAUCUGUACGAUCGUGGCGAUCUGGUCGAUGUGACUAUUGCCUGCGAUGGGAAGUUGUUGAAGGCGCACAAGAUCGUACUGGCCAUCUGUAGUCCGUACUUUCAGGACAUGUUCAUGACGAAUCCGUGCAAGCAUCCGAUUAUCGUCCUAAAAGACGUUUCCGUGACCGUGAUGCAGGAGCUGCUGCAGUUCAUGUACCAAGGUGAGGUCAACGUGAAACACUCCGAGCUACAGAGUUUCAUGAAAAUCGCCGAAACAUUACAAAUCAAGGGACUGACAGCUUCCCACAAAAACGAUCGCAGUUCCACACCUCAAACGAUGCCAGCGCCUGCGCAUAGCAACAGCACCAUCAACAACAACAACAACAAUCAAGUGGGUAGCUUGAACCGUCACAUCAUGAAAGAUUUGGGUGGCCCCUCGACUAGUCAGCUGGAUCCAUCGAAACUGAACUCCUAUCUGGCGGCUGCCGCCAAAGAAAGUCUGAAACGAGCUGCCGAUGGUUCGUUCCCAUCGGCCGACCAGUACCCACUUCACUAUCCGAAGAAAGCACUCAAACGUUCCACUGACAGCAUCGAUCAGGAAAGCAACUCCGACUGUAUGGAUAAUAAUAGCUCGGAUGAGGUAUUCAUCCCAACUUCCCCGCAAAUUUCCAUGGUCGAACAGUCAUCACCCUCGGUCCGUCAGUUCGAUCUGUCCAGCGUGAAGCGGGAAAAUACCAACGAUUCGUCCAGUUCGCCCCAGCAAAGCCCCACCAAUCUGGCCACUUCGGCUGCCGCGAUGGGAGCAGCGGCGGCGGCCGGUAUGAAGCUUGGCUUCACUAGCACACCGACGCAUCAUCCGGCUCUGCAUUCGAUGUUCGGAGCGUUCGAGCAUAACAACACCAGCUUCAGCGGGAUUGCGAACAGUUUGGCGUCGAUGAGCGGGGCCGUCGGUGCUGCUGUUGCUGCUGCUGGUGGUGGUGGUGGUAGUGGCGGUGGUAGUUCCGUUAGCGUAAAGCUCGAUUAUUCCAACGAUUACUCGCAGGAUUUCGGCAAGGGCGGUAUCGUUCCCGGACACAUGGAUAUACCGGCAGUGGCACCCGGCGAGAAAUGGUUCCAGGGCCGGCUGCAGUUUAUGCUAAGCCAGCGCGGUAAACCACUGCUCGUCCACGACGGUCACUCAUUCGGUAUCCAGUACAUCCGAAAGGACAAAAAAUACUGGCAGUGUAAUCUAUCCCGCAAGUACAACUGUAAGGCCCGCGUCACAACAACGGACACCGGAGAUAUUAUCGUGACGAACAAUGAACACUGUCACACCGAGAUUCGGCAGCAUCUGCGCAAGGAUUACAAAUCGAUGAAACAGUUGAAUGCUAAUCUGGCAGCAUUGCGGGCGGCUCACCAGCAGCAGGAUGCUGUCGGUAGUUUGGGGUUGACCGUUGAGUCCGGGCUGAAUAAUAAUUCGCUCGGUGUUAGUAAUAAUAAUAGUAGCAAUAUUAAUAAUAACAGCAAUAGUAACAUCAAUGUCAAUGCGAUCAUUCCGAUGCUGCAGCAUCCGCUGCAACAACCGCAACCGCAACAUCAGCAGCAGGAACAGGAAACUAGUCUGAACCUGUCUACGUCCAACUGGCAGCUAAAGAAGGAACCGCUGUCCGGGAACGAAUAGCAGCUUGGUGGGGGGUGUGAAAUGACCAAAGAAGUUUCGAAAUUUUGUUUUUUAUUUGUUACGAGAUUUAUCGUUUGUCCACAUUUAGCUAGUUUAUUAUAGGGAAAAAAAGCUGAUAGUAAUAAGUACCUGGGCCUUGGCCAAUAUAUUUUUCGAUGGACAGAUUGCUUACAUGACCAAAGUUUAGUUGUACUUAGGGAGAUUUUCUCUAGAUAUUUUAAAAUGAUUGUUAUUUUUGUCCUCGUUCAUGGCAACUAUUUCUAUCAGAGGCGACAUUUUAAUGUGUAGGUUAAGCGUAGAAAGGGAAACGACAUGCAGGUUGUACGGGCAUCCCUGUUUGGCAGCAAAUUUUAAAGCAAUGACUUUUGUAGGUUUUAUAAAACAU